AUGUCGUAUAAUCAAAAGUCACCUAUAAAUUUGAGCACGCAUCUUUACAAACGACAAGAUUUUUCUAAUUUGACCAACAAUAACACGUCUAUUAUCGUGAUAAUCUUAGCCGUCGCCGUAAUACUUGGUCUACUAAUUUUCGUAAUACUUUAUCAACGAAAAAGAAACCGUAAUCGUAUAUUUGACUCUCGGUUGAAGCCUUUACAACUUGUUCAAAAUAAACCUUUAUUGAACCAUAAAACACAUAAUAUUAGUAAAAAAGAUAAUUUAAUUAAGAAAAAUCGUCACAGUCUUCCCUCUACUAAGUCUACUAUCACUGCAGAUAUUAGAACAUUUGAAGUAAGAUUGAGUAUGCCAGUAGAAUUGGCUAAACCUAUUAGAGAAUAUUAUCAAACUGAGUCAAAAGU